AUGGAUACAAGAAAUCAAGAUAUCAAUGAACAAACUUCUGUUCCCACCAAUGUUCAAGAAAACCAAGAAUCCAAUCUAAACCAAGAGAGAAUGGAAUCAAGCCAAAGAGGUCAAAACGAAUCUUUGGAAUCAAACAAUCAAGAUGAUUUAGUAAGAAUGUUUAAUGAUAAACUUAAAACAGUUGAUAGAAAACUUGAUGAUUUAAAUGGAUCGAUCCUAUCAUUAUCUUCAAAACUCGAGGGAUCUGAACAAAGAUCGAAAGUGGAGAAGGAAACCAUUUCAAUUGAAGAGUUAACCAGUGAGAAAUGGAACUAUGUUCAAAACUCUCUUCGUUUGGAGACAAAGGUGUCAAAAGGUUACCAGUUUCCAAAGGAUAUUCCUCAGAUCGAUUCAGUCUACCAAUGGAAAGACAAUUCUGUCUAUGAACAAAUCAACGACAUCAUCUCGUACCUCAAUUCGAACUUGACCAUCGGUGACGGCUAUGCUUUCUACAACAUCACCGGUGAUUCCAACUUCCUCUUUACCUCACACCAAGAGCUACCAUUCAGUUUCCGUGGUGGAUCCAACAUUGUCAUCGCCAAGAAGAAUCUCUCCAAAGAUGUUUUGGAUUCUCAAAUUCUCUUUAUCAUCCGUAUCAAGAAGAAUGAAUUGGAAAUCGAUGAAUCUCGUCACCAAGCCGAGUGCGAGCUGAUCUUGGCAUCGCUCAAGUCACACCUUCCUGUGGUGUCGAUUGUUACUGACCUCGGCGACAACUGGAGAUUCCGCUGGAUGAUUGACAACCAUGUAGUGAACUACUACAACAUCAAAUCGAUGUCUCAGGCACAGGAACUAAUCAACAUGAGAGUUAGAACAACUGGUAGCUUCAGCACUAUGGUUCAUCCCACCAUGGCCAGAGAGCAAAAGUUUAUCAACCCAUUCAAGUUCCGUUUGGCUUCUUCCACUGACUUCCUCGAUUCUUUGGACGGCAGCUCCAAUGAGGAACAUCAAUUCGUCUCACAACACUUGCAAUCGUUGCUUGUAAGCAUCCAACAGAAACCUCAGCAACUCAAAGAAAAAGCUGGAAGUGUUGUUGAGAAAAUUCAAGGACAAGAAAUCAGCCCUCAACAACAACAUCAGCAGCAGCAACAACAAAGAUUUUCACCAAAACAAGAAUUGAAGGAAUCAUCACCCACAACAUUAGCCAAACAACAACAAGAAUCAACAACAACUCCAACAUCAGCACCACCAGUUCAAUAA